AUGGCGCAGGAGUCCGGGCAGCUUGUGCCGCCAAAGCGGCUCAAUGCCACAUACCCAGUCAUUGACACAGAUCCACACUGGCGUCGGGCCUUCAGGUAUGCAAGAGGCGAAGAUUGGACGUACGGGGCUGGAAUGGCUGCGAUCGGUCCUGCUUUCCUCACCGUGACUGAGCGCUACGCACCGUCCUUUUCCGGAAGAGGCGCAUACCCACCGUUGUUCCGACUUAGCGUCGCGGUCGGGCUUGUGGCAGGUGCUGGACUAGUGUACCAGAGGAGUUGCUUACGAUUCCUGGGAGCUUCGGAGAACCAACGGGAAAUCGACUUGGACAUGAGAGAAAUGGUUGACAAGGUCAAGAAGGGCGAGCCGCUGUACGGCACUAGCACCUUAUCACCGUACAUGCAGGGAGUGGCAGCUCGAAACAGUCGCUUUUCCUCUUUACUGAGCCACGUUGUCCCCUUCGCAAACUUUGUGAAUCACAACCAGCAUGGCGUGGACACUGCGAAAUACUACCAGCAGGCGGAGCGAGAACUGGAGGCCGAGAAGGGAACAUGA